AUGCAGCUGACCUGGAUUCCCAACAUCAAAGACAACAUCCGCUUCUUCCCCAGCAUCUCCAGAGCCCUCCAGGGAGGUGCAGAACAUCCCUCUCUGUCCUGCCUGGGCUUGCAAAACCACUGCAGGAAUGGGAACACCCUCUGGACAAAUAAAACCCAAAACAGUCGCAGCGCCGGGGUCCAUCGCACUCCCCCUCCAGUCAGGGGACCCUCGCCGGCUCCGGGGAUGGGCGACAGGCGGGCAGGGCCGCCCCCAGCCCCACGUGGCUCGGGGGACACGCGGGUUUAUAAAGCGUUCCCGGCCCGCGCCAGUGCGGGCGGCGGCGGCGGCGGCGGGAGCGGGGCUCGAGCCCGCGGGGCUCGGAUGCGCCCGGAGGUUCCCGCUGGGCCACGGCCUGGGCCGCGGGCCACGGAGCCGCCCGCGGACGUGACCAUGGAUGCGCCCGUGGAACUGCCCUCGGUGCCGCCCACGGCCACCGCCGGCCCCUGGGACAACGACACGGCCUGGGCCGCCCUGCCCGGACACGGGACCAACGACACGGGCCCGCAGCGGGCCAAGAACGCCACAUCCAUCCUCAUCGCCAUCGUCAUCACCGCGCUCUACUCCGUGGUGUGCGUGGUGGGGCUGCUCGGCAACGUGCUGGUCAUGUACGGUAUCGUCAGGUACACCAAGAUGAAGACAGCCACUAACAUCUAUAUCUUCAACCUGGCGCUGGCUGACGCCCUGGCCACCAGCACCCUGCCCUUCCAGAGCGCCAAGUACCUCAUGGAGACCUGGCCCUUCGGGGAGCUGCUCUGCAAGGCUGUGCUCUCCAUCGACUACUACAACAUGUUCACCAGCAUCUUCACCCUCACCAUGAUGAGCGUGGACCGCUACAUCGCUGUGUGCCACCCGGUCAAGGCCCUGGACUUCCGUACGCCGGCCAAAGCCAAGAUCAUCAAUGUCUGCAUCUGGGUGCUCUCCUCCCUCAUCGGGGUGCCCAUCAUGGUCAUGGCGGUCACCAAGUCAAAAGAUGGUAUGGUCCUGUGCACUCUCCAGUUUCCUGAUCCUCCCAUCUACUGGGACACCGUGACCAAGAUAUGUGUCUUCAUCUUUGCCUUCCUGGUCCCCAUUUUGGUCAUCACCAUCUGCUACGGGCUGAUGAUCCUUCGCCUGAAGAGCGUCCGGCUCCUCUCAGGCUCUAAGGAGAAGGAUCGCAACUUGCGGCGCAUCACACGCAUGGUGCUGGUGGUGGUGGCAGCCUUCAUCAUCUGCUGGACCCCCAUCCACAUCUUCGUCAUCAUCUGGACCCUGGUGGACAUAGACAAGAAGAACCCCUACGUGGUGGCCAGCCUGCACUUCUGCAUCGCUCUGGGCUAUACCAACAGCAGCCUCAACCCCGUCCUUUAUGCUUUCCUGGAUGAAAACUUCAAGAGGUGCUUCCGAGAGUUCUGCCUGCCUUUCCGAGCCCGCGUGGAUCAGAGCAGCUUCUCCCGCGCCAGGAGCAGCACGCGGGAGCACGUCUCCACCUGCACACCUUCUGAGGCCCGCGACAAGCCGGGAUGA